AUGAGUUCCAGCGACAUGACCUGCUUUGAACAAUCUCACAAUCUCACCUGCGUCCGGUCGUCCGCAAUGCAACAACCAGUACACGAAAGCAUGAACUCCACGGCUUCUUACGGCGCCAACGUACACUUCUUUCCCUCUGUGCAAAACGAUAAACAUACCAUAUCAACUGGAAAUCCUAGCGCAUACACGGAUUGGAGUAGAAAUGGGAAUAAUACGCGUUUUGAGGGGCCAGAGAUUUCUAGGGCUAUACACAUCCCGCCACAGCCAGCAGAUUCCCAGAAUCAGCCCUUCAAGCCUGACAUUUUCCGCGCAAGCUUCAACGAUGGCAGCGCGGACCAAACCAGGGAUUUUGGGCAUUACCUCCCAGUGACUGAAAUGGGCAUCGACCGGGCCAUGGAGCAGUCGACGGACCGCAUAAGCCAUGUGCCGCAGGGGCCGUCACUUGAAGUGGAUGAUUUUACUUUGUUCUUUCAAGACCUACCUCCUGACGAGUUUGACAUCUUCAUGCCUGAAAACAGUAUGUUGGAUGGUCAGGCCGUCAGUGGUGACGAUCUCACCACACCAAAGACCCUCUUGGAAGUGAAGACACCGGGCUCAAGUGAGCUUUGGCCUCCUGUUGUGACCAACUACGAGCCACACGUGCUUGAUGAAACUACCUUGCCACAACAUUGCGGUGCUCAGGCACAUCCGAAUCUUGAAUUCGGUCACUGUCAAGUCCACGAUGCUUUCACGACGCCACAACAGCUAGAAUUUGAUUCGAAUUCCCUGAACUAUCCGCCUUUACCCGACCUACCCUCGUCCGGUGACGAUCAAUUUGACUUCCACGGUGGUCCUUCAGCGUUCACCAUGGAUCAGUAUCUUCCAACCAUGCCUUAUCAGGAACUAGAAUCCACUUCAGCACCUGAUCAGAGCACCCAGUAUCCAGAUCUCUGGGCCUCCGAGCCCGCCACUAGAUCACCGACAGACUUCACAAGCAAUUCAACGCCACAGGGCAGACAUUUGGGAGCAAAGGGAGGACAGCGUGACACCUCGAAAGAUACGCUACUAGUACAAAUGAAAGACCAGGGACUAUCAUACAAGGUGAUCAAAGAGCGGUUAAAGAUGGAAGAGGCUGAAUCAACAUUGAGGGGAAGAUAUCGUGCUCUGACAAAACCAAGGGAGGCACGACUGAGGAAACCAGAAUGGGGCGAUCGAGACAUUCGACUCCUUUUCGAAGGAGUUUCUCAUUGUUCGAAGUCGAGCUCUACCAACCUGCAGGCGGCGAGUGAGCCCGAUGCUGUUUCGAUUGGUCAAUUUGUCAACAAAGUGCCCUGGAAACAAGUGGCUGAAUACAUGGAAGGCAAAGGUGCAUACCGAUACGGCAAUGCAACAGUCAAGAAGAAAUACCUCGAGGUCCUGAAGACUCGAUGUGCUCCAGUUUGA